GUCGCAUUACAACACGAUGCUAUCAAUACGCACGUAUUAACGGUUCAUACAAUGGUUUCAUUGUCACGGAAUUAAGAACAGAAAUCGGUGUAUGAUCCCAAGUCAAAUGGCUUUUGACUACAUGAUUGGAUCUUGAUUCAAGAUUCUCAAGUAAAGCAUCAAUUUUUUCUAAUUUAAUCAUUAUCUAUCGAUGCAAUCCAAUAUGACGCAAUGCUAUGUCACAUGUACACGCAGUUUUGUAAGCAUAUUUCAAGUUCACGGACUCGUAUCGAACUGUGAUUGAUAGUGCCCGAGUGUAGUUUGAUGCGAACGUACACUUUGUGAUAUGAAUAUACCGUUGAGCAUCAAACUGUUUGUGCUUACAAUUGCAUAGAGUAAAAAAAAAACAAAAAAAAAAAUAAUCGCACUACAUCUUAUCGCUAAUUAAACGUGUGGCAAAUCCAAAAUCAAUGGUCUCAAUACGCUAUUAAAUGUUGCAUUUCAGACAGUUUGAUAAUGUAUUGCUUGUCACGAACAGCAUGGACAGAGUUUCAGUUUACUUAAAAAUGUGAUAGCGUCCCAUUUGCUCAAACAUGAAAUGAUUUCGUAUUAUUUUUGUUGUAUUUUUCGUAUUUGUUUUGGUUGUGUUUAAGAAAAAAAAUUAGAAAUAGUGAAACAUCGCAACUAAAAUUGUUGUAAUUCAGUGCAUUACAUUGGACGCACGUGCUCAAGUGACUCAUAAACAUUGACGAUAAUCAUAAUGAAAUCGCUCCGAAAGUUUCUAUUGCGUAAAAAUGCGUACAGCCGAUUAGAAUUGGACUCUAGUGUUGUUAAUAUCAGCUACGGUGCUUUUGAUGAGCAUAUCCCCUCGUCCAAUGAAACCUAUGUCGAUAUACAAGCUGCAAAAAAUGACGGAGAGUGUACAACAUCGACGAUUUGUGGAAUUGAAACUACAAAUAACACUACAAAAUGUGAACGAAAAAAUUCACAAAAAGUAUUGAAUGUGCUUAAAAUACUUUUUCUGUUAAUCAUUUGGAUGCUGUCCACGGGAAUUUUGAUGUCGAAGGAUGAAAAAGUUUUAAAGUAUCAUCAAUUGGUGAUUUCAGUGGGUCAAAAUAAAAGUUAUAUGCUUAAUGAGGCACCGCUUGUCCCUCGGAUCGGUGUCAUUGUGCGUGGUGCAUUUGCCGAUGACAAUAGCAAUACGAGUAACUUCGUCUACAUCAAAGUUCAGCAGUUUAUCACCGCGACCGAUACAAAUCUUGAUAGUACUUUGAUAGAUAAUGAUGAAAUGACUCUGAAAAUUCCGAUUAUUGAGAAUAUUAGCAACAUCGAUACAGCAAACGAGAUAAAUAAAUUCCAUACGUUCUACUUGGACGCGAAUAUUUUCCAGCAAAUCGUUGAAAAUAUUACUACGUUGCGUCUUCAAAUCACUACAAAUCUUCCAAUCAAUUUUCCUAUCAAUUUAGCAUAUGAUUCAUCUCCAAUUGAUAAAUCGAUGGGUGUCAUUUAUGCGGCGGCUAUUUUAAUCGGCUUGUACAUCAUGAUCAUUUGGGAAAUUGUUGAUCGAACGUUCGCAGCAAUGCUUUCGUCCACCAUUGCUAUUGCCGUUUUGUCAUUGAUGAAUGAACGACCCACAAUGCCAGAGAUUUUGUCUUGGAUUGACGUGGAAACGCUACUUUUACUCUUUGGAAUGAUGAUUCUAGUUGGCCUUUUGUCUAGAACUGGUCUUUUUGACUAUUUAGCUGUUUAUGCGUUUGAGAUCGCCAAGGGUAGGAUUUGGCCACUCAUAUACUGUUUGUGUUUGUUUACGGCGAUUUUGUCUGCAAUUCUGGACAAUGUAACCACUUUGCUGCUGAUGACACCCAUUUCGAUUCGCCUGUGUGAGGCCAUGAAACUGAAUCCCAUUCCAAUCCUAACCACAAUGAUCAUUUUUUCAAAUAUCGGCGGAGCAAUGACUCCAGUGGGUGACCCGCCGAACAUAAUAAUCGCAUCAAAUCCGCACGUUGUGAAACAUAAUGUGGACUUUCUGAAUUUCACCAUUCACAUGUCGGUUGGUGCCAUUUUCGUAAUUAUUCAAACAUUUUUGCAAUUGCGUUUAAAAUUUCGCACUAUUGGCGAUUUGCGUGUUAUCAAUUCAAUGACAAGUUGCAUUCGAGAAGAAAUUGCCGAUGACAGUACAAUUUCUAUUGAAACCUAUGGCCGAAUGCUGGAAGAGCUAAAAGAAAGGUAUCCAAUUCGAAAGUUGUCGUUACUCAUCAAAUCAGCGGUGGCAUUUGCAUUUGUUCUGGGUUGCUUUUUUCUUCACUCCCUUCCAUAUAUCGGACGGCUAUCGCUCGGCUGGAUUACCCUGCUUGGAGUCAUUCUACUGUUAAUCUUAUACGAUCGUCGAACCAUUGAAUCGGCAUUGGAACGCGUUGAAUGGUCGACUCUGUUGUUUUUUGCCAUAUUAUUCGUGCUGAUGGAAUCCCUAGCCAAACUUGGACUCAUUCAUUUCGUAGGGAAUCAAGCGAAAAACAUUGUUUUAUCUGUCAGCGAAGGGUCACGUUUGGCCGUUGCCAUUUUAAUCAUACUGUGGGUGUCUGCACUCGCUUCAGCUUUUGUUGACAACAUUCCACUCACCACGAUGAUGAUUCGAAUUACGGUUUCGUUAGCCGAGACACAAUCACUCAAUCUACCGUUGCAACCACUUCUUUGGGCUUUAUCAUUCGGAGCGUGCUUAGGCGGAAACGGAACACUAAUUGGCGCUUCAUCCAAUAUUGUAUGUGCUAGCGUUGCUGAAAAACAUGGAUAUCACUUCACAUUCAUGAAAUAUUUCAAAAUUGCAUUCCCUGCGAUGAUUGGCAGUUUGGUCGUGAUAAGUGGAUAUCUCUAUGUAUCUCAUGUCUUUUUCACGUGGCAUUGAUUAAUUCAAUUGUUUUGUAUCAUUUGUGUUGUACAGUACAUAUUGAAUAUCUAGUGUAAAAAUAUCGUGUAUAUAUUUAUAUCAAGUGAACAUUGACUUGUUCAAGUGUUCAUUCAUUGUCGAAAUUGUAAAAUUGUAAACUGCUAAUUAAGCUAAUUCACAGAUGUGCAAAAUUGAUUCGUGCAUAAUAUCAUUCGGUUUUUGUUGAAAUAACGUAGAAUUAUUUUUAUAGAAGAAAAAAACGCGCUGAGAGUGAUAAUUUGCAGCGCAAAUAUCUCAACGCUGAAUUUCUUCCAAUUGUGAAUAAACGUUUAGGCCAUGUAACUAAAUUGAUCGUGCUAAACGAUUCUGUUGCUAAGUUAUCAAAUAAUAAACCGAGAAUUGAUAACAAA